AUGGAACAGUCGAAAGAUGUCCCUUCAACUGCUCUGGAGACAGUGAGAGAGGUGGUUGCCAAUACAUCGCAUCCACAACCUAUACAUGAGCAGUCCGAUAAUACCAAUCCUAUAUCAAUGCCAGAAAACCAUACGACUGGGAUGGAUGUUCCAACAAAUUCUUAUGUGCCAGCACCCCCUCCGUAUACCGAAGACAAACAAGCAGCCCCCGCCCCUACAACGACGACGACGACAACCAACAAUCCAUACCCAGGCUACGACCCAUCCCAAAUCAGAAUAACAGUCACACCCUUACAACAACUCGGCGACGUCCCCGCACAAAUCGACUGUCCCUUCUGCCAUACCAUAUCGCUUACCAACGUCACAAAGACUGACUCUUCUCAGACCACUAUCGCAGCAGUUCUGUGCUGCUUAUGCUGCGGCAUCAUAACCGUCUGCCUACCCAGUUUGUUAGGAUGGUAUCAGAACGUCGAGCACAGAUGCGGGAAUUGUAAGCGGAAGGUAGCUUAUAAACCGAAUGAUGGGCCAAUACAGAUCGAGACCGAUGCAGUAUCAGGAACACAGAUGUAG